GCGUUCAUAGCAACACCUGUGUUUAUAUCCGCGUACAGUGCUAAGUUUAUGUAGCAGGAAUGGAAGAAUGGUGCAGCAUGUUGCCUCAAGACUGGAUGAAAUAUGUGAACCAGGAGGUGAGAGUGACAGCGCAGGAUAAACAGCAGUAUGAAGGCUGGGUGUUCACUGUGGAUCCUGUUUCUGCCAGUGUGGUCCUUGUGACUUUCCAAGGAAAAGAAGGCGCGUCUGUGAAGGUGGUGCUGGGCCAUGCAGUGAAAGAAGUGCAGCUCCUCAGGGCAGGAGAUGAAGAUACAGAGAGGAAGAUGAAAUCUCUCUUCAUACCCAAUGUUAUUAAGAAUUUCAGCUCAGAGGAGCUUGAGGAAAGCAAGAAGAGCCUGCAUGCUUGGCUAGAGAAGAACCUGAUUCCUGUUACAGAUGAGGGUGAUGUCCUGCGAGUGGCCAACGUCCUCACUAUCAGCGCCCCAUACGAAGCCGAGCAGUGCAGUAGCAGCAAUGAAAUCAUCCUGGCGAGAGUGCAGAGUCUCGUCAAGAGCAAGGACCAGCAAUGAGGUCUUCAUGAUUAGCUUGGGUUGCCAGGUUGUGGCCUCUCUGUGAGAGCAGUUCAUGUGUACCCUCUGUCUUGAGGGAGAUCUAGAGUUAGAAAGGAUCUAAAAUGUAUUGCCUUAGAGUAAAGCACUUGACGUAUUCGAA